GUUGAAUAAGCAGUGUCUCCAGACUCACAUCUCCUCUUCUUUCCCCCUACAAACAGGUGCAAAAAAGUGAUGGCACAGAACACCUUCUACUUUUCCAUCCCAAGGAACCCAGUUUCCCAGCUGGAAUCUUCCUAUGUCUAUUACAAGGAUGCUGCCCCUGCCUUCAGAACAUCAAGGGAUGUGAAUGAGUAUUUGGCAUCGCCAAUGGACUAUUACCAUAAGGGUAAUUACAAAGAAAACAUUUAUGCCAAGAAUAACAUGUGGUUUGACUUUGGCUGUAACAACAAUGCAGAAGAUAAUGAAAGCUACAUCCAGGCGGUCUUGGAGAAGCUUGAACAGAACUUCCACCUGGUCUUGAUAGCAGACUACUUUGAUGAGUCCAGGAUCCUCUUGAAACACACUUUAUGCUGGGAUCUAGAUGAUGUGGUUUACUUCAAGCUCAAUUCCAGAAGUGAGGACACUGUGCAGACCUUGACUCAAAGCAAGGAGAGGGUUAAAGUGUGGUGCUCACUUGACUGGAAACUCUACCUGCACUUCAACCAGAGCUUCUGGAAGAGAAUUCAGGAGACCAUGGGACUAGACGAACUGGAAAAGGAGGUGAAUCUCUUGCGAGCAAGACAGAAGGAACUCAUGGAGACCUGUCUCUCAGAUCAGAGGCCAGUAGAGAAGACUCGUGUUGAGGACAAAGCUCUCAUGCCUUUCCAGUCAGAGGCUGCAAAUAUCCUCAGUUAUAACCUCAACCAAGACUUAGACAACAGGUCUCUGACAGCCUACCAGAAAAUGGUUAUGCCAGAGCUUCACUAUAUGUCCUAUUUUUAUGCUCUUCAGCAUCCACAUGAAAAGGGGAAGUAACUAGUCUUUCCCUUGUUUUGGAACAGUUUCUGAGAAAACAAAUCAUCACCAAGCCAUAACUAGAGCACACUGCGGUUUCCCAUCAGUCUGCAGUUGUUUGUGUUGCCAAUGUUUGUGUAGUGCUAAGCUGACCAGCAGGACUCUUGCACACGAGAGUGACGGUAAGGUUGUUCUGGGGUUUCCUUAGCCACAUGGGAAUCUCCUUCCUGCAAUGGCAGAGCAGCCCAGCGGCACUGAGUGUGGCAAGCAGGACACAGAGGAGCGGUGUGUGGACAGAAUGAUUGAGCCUCUAUGAGUCCAAUCUGUGAAUCUUUGUGCAAAGGCUUGGA